AUCGAAAUUCCGCUUCUUUAGUUUUGUGAGUUACGUAUUUAAUCAUGACCACGAGUGGGCUUGUUACUAAUUCUAGGGUUCCAAACACGACCGUGCUCUUUGUGUGUAUGCUCGUGGUGGCGGUCCUUCCGGUAGUGGUGGUGGGACAGUGCUCGUGCGAUUCGGAGGAAGGAGAUAACAACAAGAGCGAAGCCCUAAGAUAUAAACUGGGAGCGUUUGUUUCGAUCCUAGUGGCGGGUGCGAUUGGGGUGUAUCUUCCUAUGGUUGCGAAAAGGGUACCGGCUCUAAGCCCGGAGAAAAACGCCUUCUUCGUAGUGAAGACUUUCGCAGCGGGUGUCAUUCUCGCCACGGGCUGCGUUCACGUCCUUCCCGACGCGUUCGAGAAAUUGACGUCGCCCUGUCUUACGGGCACAGUCUGGAAUUUCCCUUGGGCCGGUUUCGUGCUCAUGGUGGUGGCUAUCUUCACUCUGAUGCUUGAUAACCUUGCCACUUCUUACUAUACUCAAUCCCAGCUCGCCCAGUCUAGCGCUGAUCCUACAGUGAAUGUUGACGAGGAGAACACCGGAAAACACGACAAUCAGGACGUCCCCGUUCACACCCACGCCACCCAUGGACAUUCUCAUGGAUCCGUAAUGCUUUCCUCUCGAUACGACGGCCCGGUUUCCAAAGAGCUCAUUAGGUAUCGUGUUAUAGCUCAGGUUUUGGAACUGGGAAUUGUGGUCCACUCUGUAAUUAUUGGAUUAGCUUUGGGUGCUUCUGAGAGUCCAAGUUACAUAAAGCCUCUGGUUGCAGCCCUAUCGUUCCAUCAGUUCUUUGAGGGUGUGGGUCUUGGUGGAUGCAUUACUCAGGCAAAACUCAAGUGUCGUGCUAUAACAAUCAUGGCAUUGUUUUUCUCCCUCACAACUCCGGUUGGGAUUGCGAUCGGCAUUGGAAUAACUAACGUUUACAAGGAGAACAGCCCGACAGCUUUGAUAGUAGAAGGUAUACUGAAUGCAGCUGCAUCGGGGAUCUUGAUAUACAUGUCCCUCGUCGAUCUUCUUGCUGCGGAUUUCGAGAACCCGAGAAUGCAAACCAACAUGAAGCUUCAAAUGGUUGCGUAUGCUUCACUACUCUUCGGAGCUGGAUGUAUGUCUCUCAUAGCUAAGUGGGCUUAAUGCUUGGUUGGGCCCUUAAAAUAGUCAAUUUAACGGCUUAGGCUGUUUUGGGCUUAAUGCUUGCUUGGGCUGUUUUCGGCUAAAUAAUUUUGGAAGAUUAUAUAUCGUUUGUCUUCUUUCUUUAAA